ACUGAUAACACACAGGCCGCACGGAUAUCAUUAUCGCAGUCAUUGAACUUUACUGGGACUUUUUUGUCAUCUUCCGCCAUGGUCAUUGUGCACCAUCCAGUUAAAGUUGUGGUUCUGAAUCGUGCGAAAACCUGUUUUACAACCGUUAAUGGGAUAAAGAGACCGCUUCCUUAUGAAGGGUUGACGAGGCCAUGUUGUAUGGAAACCAGUUUUAAUGGGAACACUACAGCCCGACGUUUCUCCUGCGAGGACGACGGCGGUUGUUGCGGAGACUACGGCUCCCAGUCCUGCUGCAACGUCCCCAAUUCCAGUUUGGCUGUGGGUCUGGGAGUUGGCCUGACUAUCCUCGUCCUCGUCCUCCUGGGUAUCAUAGCUAUCGCCAUCUACUGCAAACUGAACAUCAGCUACCACAAGAAGGGCCAGGAGAUCUACUGUGCCAGCUGCUGCAAAUGUGAAGUUCGAGACGCAACACAACCGGUCCGGGUACCCAGAAGCAUCUCUGCCAUGUUGAGCGAUGAGGAGUCAACAUUCAACACAGAAGUAUACGAACCCCGCCACCAGCCCUACCCAGAUCCAGACGUCUUCAGGACGCCGGUGACGUUUCAAUGUCAGACCAGUCCAGACAUUGAUGGGGAUAGUCCUCCAUCUUACACGGAAGUCGUGUCUAGCCCGAAAGUAUUCGUCACAACUCUUAACUUCCGGUAACCCGCAAUCCAUGCGGCUUGUCCAGAAGUUCUUAAAACUAGUUAGGAAUGUAUCAGAAGGUUUCAGGAGGGCACAAGACACAAGGUGACCCUUGUGAUCCACGCAGGACAACCAUGCCAAAUAUCAGCCACUGGAUUGUGUUGUUCAGACUUUGGGGAAAAGUUACUUAAGUAACUAUCAUUAAAAUUUAUGUUUGUUUUGGUGUCAAGAGACGGGGUGUAGGCGCAGUAAACGGAACAGCUUACCGGUUAGGUUUGCGCAUGUGCAUGACCUCGGGUCAUCAUUACAAGUGACUUGGAUGGACAGUGUUGUUACCGGCUGGAUAAUUUCCCCAUGUUAAGCAAAGAUAUGCAAACUUUGAUGAAGAAUGUGUAUAGUUUUUUUUAAAUGUGUUAUCUUCCCUGAUUAGGUAAUUGACAAUAGUCAUUUAGGGAUUGUCUCAAAAUCAAAGACUUCAGUGAAGUUGGACAGUUUCAAUUUGAGACUAAUUAGGGACAUAAUUUGCCGAUUUUAUCAGAGAAACUAACAUCUCUCGGCAA